AUGGAGAAGUUUGCCGUUGACCUUGAUAAAGUGUUGGAUGACUUCGAGUUAGAUGAAGAUGAAAGUGUUUCUGUUGGCCAGUAUGAUAAACUUCAACUCGAAUUUCAACCUGAUGGAGGUGGCGCUUUACCCCUAGCAUCCUCACGUCACAAUGUAGGACUAGGGGCAUUUGGUGGCUGGAGUGAGCCGCUGCAGCCACAGGCGGCAGGUCCCAGACCUGGAGAGCAGCCUUGGUGUGGGGCCGUAAUGGGUGGUAUAUCACAACCCCCUGGAACACGGAGCCCACCCGAUGGUCAGAAUGAUGACAGCCAGCAGGCAGUUGCAUGUUCCAGCCCGCAGUCAACUCUGCCAUUUCACCAAAAGCUUCAGUUUCAACCACAGCAGCUAAUACAUCAGCCUCACACGAGAAAUGUGCCAGCUGCUGGUGUUAGGCCUGAAGGCCUCUCAGCGAACCAGCCAUCAGGAGCUGGUGAAGUUCUAUGGCCUGCAAUGGCUGUUUCUGCAGCAGACAUGCCUCCAAACUUACCUCCUCCAGAACAACCAGAGGCUGCAGCACCAUCAGAAGAUUCCAGUAUUAAGCAACCAGUUGAGGAUGCAAACAGUGCUGGCUCUGAAGUGCAAAAAUUGCCACAGGAACCUUAUGCCCCUGAGGAAUAUGAUGGCAAUGUUAGAGUGGGAGACCUAGUUCCUGAAGAGCCUGGAAGUUUAGAAGAAAAAGAUUUAGUGUGUGGAGGACUUGAUGUUAUUGCUUCUAGGCCUCUGGAUGUAGUACCAGCAAGUGUUCCACCAGACAGAGGUCUAGCAAGUGGACAUGAAACAAGACAUCCUGAUAUCAUUGAUGUGUGGCAGAGUGGAGUGGAAGGUGGUGCAAUGGGACCACCAACUAGUGUUUCUUCUAGUUUAAUGGGAACUGAACAAAGUGAAAAUAUUGACAGUGAAUAUGAUGAAAGAGGACGGGUUGUACAUAAUGUGGAUCAUAGUGAAAGAGAGAACUCUGUGGAACAACAGGAACAUAGACUGCUUCCAGACCUAAUGUCUAUGAACAGUGUAGACAGCUCUGGCACCAGUGAAGGAGCAGGUUGCGUACCAGAUUAUCCAGAACCAGCUAUAGUCAUGGAAAAUGCUCUUUCUGAUUUGCAGAUGAAUGAACCUGCCAUUGUGAUGGAGAAUGAAAGUGUUUCUGUUGGCCAGUAUGAUAAACUUCAACUCGAAUUUCAACCUGAUGGAGGUGGCGCUUUACCCCUAGCAUCCUCACGUCACAAUGUAGGACUAGGGGCAUUUGGUGGCUGGAGUGAGCCGCUGCAGCCACAGGCGGCAGGUCCCAGACCUGGAGAGCAGCCUUGGUGUGGGGCCGUAAUGGGUGGUAUAUCACAACCCCCUGGAACACGGAGCCCACCCGAUGGUCAGAAUGAUGACAGCCAGCAGGCAGUUGCAUGUUCCAGCCCGCAGUCAACUCUGCCAUUUCACCAAAAGCUUCAGUUUCAACCACAGCAGCUAAUACAUCAGCCUCACACGAGAAAUGUGCCAGCUGCUGGUGUUAGGCCUGAAGGCCUCUCAGCGAACCAGCCAUCAGGAGCUGGUGAAGUUCUAUGGCCUGCAAUGGCUGUUUCUGCAGCAGACAUGCCUCCAAACUUACCUCCUCCAGAACAACCAGAGGCUGCAGCACCAUCAGAAGAUUCCAGUAUUAAGCAACCAGUUGAGGAUGCAAACAGUGCUGGCUCUGAAGUGCAAAAAUUGCCACAGGAACCUUAUGCCCCUGAGGAAUAUGAUGGCAAUGUUAGAGUGGGAGACCUAGUUCCUGAAGAGCCUGGAAGUUUAGAAGAAAAAGAUUUAGUGUGUGGAGGACUUGAUGUUAUUGCUUCUAGGCCUCUGGAUGUAGUACCAGCAAGUGUUCCACCAGACAGAGGUCUAGCAAGUGGACAUGAAACAAGACAUCCUGAUAUCAUUGAUGUGUGGCAGAGUGGAGUGGAAGGUGGUGCAAUGGGACCACCAACUAGUGUUUCUUCUAGUUUAAUGGGAACUGAACAAAGUGAAAAUAUUGACAGUGAAUAUGAUGAAAGAGGACGGGUUGUACAUAAUGUGGAUCAUAGUGAAAGAGAGAACUCUGUGGAACAACAGGAACAUAGACUGCUUCCAGACCUAAUGUCUAUGAACAGUGUAGACAGCUCUGGCACCAGUGAAGGAGCAGGUUGCGUACCAGAUUAUCCAGAACCAGCUAUAGUCAUGGAAAAUGCUCUUUCUGAUUUGCAGAUGAAUGAACCUGCCAUUGUGAUGGAGAGUCAGUCAUGUAGUAGAAUACCAGAGGUUGUAAAUGUCCAUCAGACUGCUGAGCAGCAAGGGCAUGGAGAAAAUCAGUUAUUAGUAUCUAGAAAUACAGUUUCAAGCCCUUCUGUCAGUAAUACUGUAAGUCAAGCUCCCACUGAGGAGGGAGCUGCUGUUAAUGAUGUUCCUGGGAUUCUCCAGGAUCAUGUUAGCCCUGUCUGUGAUAAUGUAGAUAGAUUACAAGCUGCUAAUGCGCUUGAUAGUGAAAGAUUAGAAAGUCAGGCAACACCUCAAGGAUCUCUACCAGAUGUCAGUGAUGUCAACCCAGCCCCAGUUACUUUUAACAAAGAUGUUGCUAUUGAUGAUGCAGAUCUUGAUGCAGAACUAGCAGAGUUAGAGGAAGAACAGUUUCGGUUGCAAGGAGCAUAUGGAGGCAAUACUUAUCAAUCCAAAGACCUGGCAGGUUCAUCUUGCACAGAAAAUUCUAAAACAGAUGCAGCUGCUGUUGGCAGUGAUGUACAACAGUUGCCAGACUCUGCUUUAGUUGAAGGUCUGGAUUUGAUUGAUGGUAUGAAUGCCACCCAGUCUGGUCUGAAAUCAGAUGUUCAAGAGAGUACUGGUGAUGCACAGGCAAAGGAAGGGGGGGCUGAAACACUAGAAGCUGGAGCAGCUGAUUGGCAGCAUGAAAACAAUAAGGAAGAAGAAAAAGAGGCAACUAUAGGUGCUAAAUCAGUGCUUGAAGCGCAGGGUGUGUCACUGUCACAGCGCUCAGAAGUAGGUGGUGUUGAAGAAGUGAUCUGUCAGCCUCAGAGCAGUGAUAUGUCAGCUCAGGCAUCAAGUAACUGUCACACAGGUCAUGUUAUGGAUAAUAGUGGCCAAACCAGUAAAUAUCCAGAAGGAGAUGGAGGCGACAAUCUGUCAAAUAACAGCACAGGGACAGACACCAUGUCUUCCAGCAGUACACUAACUGAUGGAGAUCUUGGCUCACCGGAGAGGCAGCCACAGCAGUCUCAGCCAACCCCAGAGUCUCCGUCCAGAGUAACACCAGGAACCUUGGUGACAGCUGUGUAUGACGAUGACAGUGGAUCUGGUCGGGAGGACGAGGGCAACAAUGACGAUGGUGGUGCAUCUGGAGGAGCUAGUGCAUCCGGCGCUGUUGGGGCAUCGGGUCACGGUGGGGGGAUGGUUGUGGGUCACUACGCCCCCUUCUGGAUCCCUGAUGAAGAUGCUCCCUACUGCCAGGAGUGUGGUCAGAAGUUCACAGUCAUACGGCGACGCCACCAUUGCAGGGCUUGUGGACGUGUCUUGUGUGCGCAGUGUUGUCAUGAUAAGGCACCUUUGCCGUACAUGGAAUACAAGGAAGCUCGAGUUUGUGGGUCUUGCCUGCAGUUGAUACAGGCUGGGCUGGAAGAUGAACCUGAUGCUGCUGCAAGAUCAUCACGGCAGUCUUCGGACAGUCACCGACGACCUCCAGAUCCUAACAACCCUAUGGAGUACUGCUCUCGGGUGCCUCCACCGCAGCAGGUCGCUUCCACCUCUGCUGUGCCUCCGCCCACAGUCAUGGUGCCUGUGGGUGUGUUGAAGCGUGAGGGCAGUAGCAGUAGCGCUAGGAGUCGGGGAAACAAACAAGUGAUUUUCAGUGACGGCAUCCGGCCAGGUGGCGACUUGACCGAGCUGGACGGGUCAGGGAAAGUCCCUCCCCCUUAUCGCAGAUCAGGGCGGGUGGCCCGGAGGGUGGACCGUCCCUCCACUGGCAGUGGUGUUAGUGGUGGCCCAGGUGGGUUACUGCGCUCGCUACCACCUGACCGCUGCCUCAUCCCCCCUGGGGUUGGCCUUCCCCCUGUGGUGGUGCAGGCCCCUGCCACUGGAGAGUAUGUCUUUGAAGAUAACCCAGAUAGCAGCAAGUUGGAGGAGCAGAUGAGGGGAGAUGGACCACCGGUAGUCUUUGCUGUUCACAAGAAUCUUACAGUCCUUGUCAAGAUGGUAAAACUUGAGUGUUGUGUAGGGGUGGAGGUCUGGAACAUUGCCACCCGCGGUCUGUGUACGGUGGGUCAGGAGGAGAUGGUUGUGCUUCUGGAAGUGGCUCCUGGAGAGGCUCACCCCCCGAAGGACAUCUUUGCCUUCUUCCACACUGUCUAUCAGCAGGCUAAUCAAGGGAACUUGGUAACUGAACUAGGACAUACCAUCUUUACUGAACCAGAAGGACUUUUAGGGUCUCGGGAACAUGGUGGUUUCCUGUACAUACGGCCCACAUUCCAGUGCCUGCGCAACCUAGUGUUGCCACCUUCUCCAUAUAUAUUUGCCGUCCUUAUUCAGAAGUGGGAGACACCCUGGGCUAAAGUUUUCCCACUGCGUUUGAUGCUGCGUAUGGGAGCUGAAUUUCGAUACUAUCCUUGUCCUCUUGUGUCAACUCGCAACAGAAAGCCAGUGUUUUGUGAGAUUGGACACACAAUUAUGAAUUUGUUAGUGGAUUUCAGAAAUUAUGCCUACACAGUUCCUGCAAUUGAAGGUUUUGUUAUCCAUAUGGAAGACAAGAAGACCAGCCUGCUCUUUCCAAAGAAUAGAUAUGAACAGGUGGCCAAAGCUUUAAGUAACAGCAAUGACCAUGUUCUUGCUCUGGGGGCUAACUUCAGUCCACAAGCAGACUCGCAUUUAGUCACUAUAGAAAAUGAUGACGGACACUAUUCCACUCAAGCCAUCAAUAUACAUAAUCGACCACGAAAAGUAAGUGUUAUUGUGAUCUCCAGGCACAUUAAAUUUGACAAACUUUGCAUAGAUUUCAGAAAUUAUGCCUACACAGUUCCUGCAAUUGAAGGUUUUGUUAUCCAUAUGGAAGACAAGAAGACCAGCCUGCUCUUUCCAAAGAAUAGAUAUGAACAGGUGGCCAAAGCUUUAAGUAACAGCAAUGACCAUGUUCUUGCUCUGGGGGCUAACUUCAGUCCACAAGCAGACUCGCAUUUAGUCACUAUAGAAAAUGAUGACGGACACUAUUCCACUCAAGCCAUCAAUAUACAUAAUCGACCACGAAAAGGCACAUUAAAUUUGACAAACUUUGCAUACAUCAAGAGCCCAGUGGAUGAGAAACAGAUGGACGGCAUCCCUUCUGUUAAGAUUCAUUCGGGCACAGACUAUGUUAGUAAUGCUCACUUGAUAAGAUGGACGGAAGUUUUUAUCAUGCAGGGUGAAACCAACAACAGUAGUGAUGUUAAUUUGAGUCGUCUCUCAGAAGUCUUAGCAAGAGCCUUUUGUGUGGCAUUAACGCCACACCUGUCAGACUUGUAUUUAAAUGGACACUCACGCCUUGGACUACGGGCCACAGUCCAUCAAGACAAUGUUGGCUAUGAAGCAGGGAGCAGUGGGAACAGAUUGCCAGCUGCGUGUAUGAAUGACCUUGACAUGGAGUUGAUUCCUGUCAUCCACAGAGCUGCAGCCAAUAUUACAGACCAACCCAUUAUACUGGAGCUUGUAUUCCACAUUAUGGAGCAAAGUAAAGGAAUUGUUAAUCCCCUCUACAGCAUCAAGAGCCCAGUGGAUGAGAAACAGAUGGACGGCAUCCCUUCUGUUAAGAUUCAUUCGGGCACAGACUAUGUUAGUAAUGCUCACUUGAUAAGAUGGACGGAAGUUUUUAUCAUGCAGGGUGAAACCAACAACAGUAGUGAUGUUAAUUUGAGUCGUCUCUCAGAAGUCUUAGCAAGAGCCUUUUGUGUGGCAUUAACGCCACACCUGUCAGACUUGUAUUUAAAUGGACACUCACGCCUUGGACUACGGGCCACAGUCCAUCAAGACAAUGUUGGCUAUGAAGCAGGGAGCAGUGGGAACAGAUUGCCAGCUGCGUGUAUGAAUGACCUUGACAUGGAGUUGAUUCCUGUCAUCCACAGAGCUGCAGCCAAUAUUACAGACCAACCCAUUAUACUGGAGCUUGUAUUCCACAUUAUGGAGCAGUAAUAUCCACCCAAGCACUUUCUGUUAAGGAGGAAGGAAACGUGCACUGAAAUAAGUAAUGUAAAGUACUUAUUGCAGCCUUAGUGGCUAGAGUAGAUAUUGCAGCAGGUCAGGCAUUGGUAUUUGCAUUCUAUAUAGUACUGUUGGUCAAAGUGAAGAAGUGCAGACAUUUCAUAUUUGAAUUUGCUGUAAUAGUUCACAGUAUGUAUGAUUACAUAUCUAUUUAUUUGUAUGAUUUUUAUUUUGAAUAUUACUGAUGUGAAUUUUCAUAUUUCUCUUUAUUUUAUUAUUUAUUACCUAUAUCCAUAAUUAUUUGCAUUAGCACCGGGAUCAGUGUUGACAUGAGCAUCAUUGUCAUGGUUAUUAUCUCAACUACUGAUGAUAUUAGUGACUUAGAAGUGUGCACCUGUGAGACAUAUCAGGCAAAAAGGGUGCGGUUCUCUCAAAUGUAUUUUGUGCCAGUCACAUUUAAGGUCUCUAUUGAUUUUCAUUCUUGCCUGUGUUGUCUAGAAUAUUCCCCUAAUUUCCAUAUGUUUUGAUGAGCCUAAUCAGAAAUUAGAUUAGAAAAAAGAAGAAGAUUCAUCCAAAAUGUAAUUUUUAUAUUCUCUAAAUUUAUGUCUUAAAAUUCUGUCAAGAAUUAUGUCAAUAAAGCAUAUGAAUGUAAUUUUAAAA